CGUCGCGGGGGGCAGGUUAGGAAGCGCUGAGGCGGCUGAGGGCCGGUUUCCCGAUUUUCGCUCGCUGUGUGUGAGGGAGGCGGCGGAGGCGGAGGCGGCGAAGAAGAGGCAGCUCGGGCCGAGAGCUAGCGAGGACAGCGAAAGCACCAUGGCUGCUGCAGCGGCAGGAGAGGAGGAAUGUGAAACCCGGCUGUGCAGCAAUUGCAAAAAGGACAUUCCUGCGGCGAACUUCACCAUCCACGAGAUCCACUGCCGUCGGAACAUUGGGGUCUGUCCCAUCUGCAUGGAGCCUUUCCCGAAAUUGGAGAUGAGAAACCAUCAGGAGCUGGAGCACACGCAGGUCACCUGCAAAUGCAGCAUGAAGAUGGACAGUGGUCUGUUACAGGAGCACAGGGCUUCAGCGUGCCCCUUGCGGCCCACGGCCUGCCAGCACUGUGAGAUCGAGCUGGCCUUCAACAAGCUCCAAGAACACGAGGACUACUGCGGGGCUCGGACUGAGCGCUGCAGCCGGUGCAGCCGCAACGUGAUGCUGAGAGACCUGCAGGGCCACCCGGAGGACUGUGCGAAGCAGGCCCAGGAGGCGAGAAUCAGCCAGGCCAAGCCCGGCUUGAACUCCGAGGUGGUUUUCCGUAACAUUCAGACCAUCAGGAACAUCCUCCGUCCGGACGACGCUGCAGGAUCCCUGUCAAGGAUGAGCAACUUUCCGGAAAGUAGGCUUUACAAUUGUCUCUCGGGCGACCAGCUCUCCAGGGAAUUCGGCAGAAGGACCGGCGCUGUGCCACAGCCCGAUCGCAAUCGAGCCCACCUGGAAAAGAUAGCAGCCCCCCUGCCCUUUGGCGGAGAGCCGGACUGCAACUUUGAUUACCUGUUGGCUCUUAGCUUGCAGCACGAAAAUAGCUCUCGUGAGCCCAGUGGGACAGAGGUCCAGAGGGACUUCUGGAAGAAUAUCUUCCCUGCCAGGACUGGGCCAGCCGAGAACUCAGCUGAGGCAAAUGACUCCAGUAUUUUCUCUCGGGAUUUGCUGAUACCUGCUAACACUACAGACAGGUCCAAAACUGAGAUCCUGCUGCCUUGUGAAUUCUGUGAGGAGCUGUACCCCGAGGGCGAUCUAAUCCUUCACCAGACUGGCUGCAACCCGAGAAGCGCCUUGGCCUCCUUUAGCAAGAGAAGCACCUUCGUCCCUCGGUCGGAGCGUCUCCGGGACCUGUGGGAGCAGCUGCAGAGCGAGCGCUCGGCCGGCAGCGGCAGAGAGACGCUUCCUCUGCAGCCUGAGCUCCCGUGCGGCAGCCUCAUGCUCCCGUGCGAGUUCUGCGGCGUCCAGCUCGAAGAAGAGGUCCUCUUCCAUCACCAGGACCAGUGUGACUUGCGUCCAGCCACCACCCCCUCAACAGGAAGAACGCCGUCGCAGCCGGGGGCUCCGGCCGUGGAGAGCUCGGAGGGAACAGAGUCACCGGAUCGGCCUCGGAGGCGCAUUCGCCAUCAAGGGGAAAUCUCACCUCAGUACCUCGAGGAGUUCAGCAAGCAGAAGCCUCCCCAGCUUGUCCAAGGGAGCCACCCCCGGGGCAACCAGGUGGCGGCCAGGCGCAUCCAGCUGACCUCUCCCAACAACAUCCGGGAAAACCACGCUGGCCCCCCCAGGGCGGGGAAGGCCAAGGACCUGGGAGGUGGCCGUGGAAGAGCGCCCCAUUGGGGCCCAGCCGACCCUGCCGCUGCCUCCCUGCCCCCCAGGCGCUCGUCCCUCCGCUUCCCUGUCAGCUACGAGCCAAGCUUUGGAGUGGCCAUUCCCACGCGGCCCAGCCUGAGAAGUGACGGACGCAGGAGUCCCACUGGGACUGCCCAGUACAACAGCAGCAAGGCCAAGCCGUGGCGAGCGGAACCGGACUAUCCUGACAAUGAGUAGGGGAGGUUUCCAAGUCCCUCUGGGUUGCCUUUUCCUGCCCUUAUUCCAGCGUGGCAGUGAUUUUUUCCUGGAGGGGACCCCUGUGAUGCAAGCAUACCGCAGCUGCAGGCCAGAGAUGUGGCAAUAGGAACCCCUUGGCUCGUGUUAGGACUGCUUUUCUUGAAUGUGCAAUGUGUUUCUGCUCUGGAGUAGAGGGCCAGGCCUGCGUCUGGGGAUCAGCCCAAUCGUUUUAACUGUAGGACAGAUUUGGAGUCUUUUAGGUGUUCUGCUUAAAGAGUGCUUGGCCUUGUGUUCCUGUGGAGAGACGUGGUGUACACACGCGCACAAAAUGCAGCAAGGCGUUCAAAAAUCUGUUGCUGGUCCAGUCAGCAGGCAGUGCGUGCCGCUGGGAAUAAUUUCUCUACCCGUACUUGGCGAUCUCUUGCUUUUCCCCGUCAGGUCUGGGAAAAGCCAUAAUUUAUCGUGGCUGUGCCUGUGUGUGUAAAUAACAUGAUCUUUAAUACCCGAAGUGCCCAGUAAAUGUCCUAAAAACUGAGACAGGCUUCUGUUCUUCUUUUUCUCUCUGCUGAUUGUUCUGUCCUGGAGACUGUCUGUUUUAAAUUUCUUGUAAUAAAACUUUGUAUCUACGGCA